AUAAGUUCCCGUUGUUUUUCACCGCAUUGCGAGAGCAAAGUCAGAGAUGACAUUGCUUAAACUCAAUAAACUGUUCAUAAAUAGGUCCCUAAGAUCAUUCAUUACACCUAGAAAAUAUUCAUCUUUCCAUGGGGCAAAUAAUAAAGCUACUGAAGAUGUGCGAGACUUACGGAACAUUGGAAUCAUCGCCCAUAUCGACGCCGGGAAAACUACAACCACGGAGAGAAUGUUGUACUACUCAGGGUUUACCAAACACCUAGGGGAUGUGGACCACGGGGACACUGUGACAGAUUACAUGGAGGAGGAGAGAAACCGGGGCAUAACAAUUAACUCCGCUGUUGUGACCUAUCACUGGAAUAAGCACAGGGUCAAUCUAAUUGACACACCAGGGCAUGUAGAUUUCACGAUUGAAGUAGAAAGGUCUGUCCGAGUUUUAGACGGAGCAGUUACAAUUCUUGAUGCUUCUGCUGGUGUUGAAGCUCAGACUGUCACUGUGUGGAAGCAAGCCAGCAAGCACCAUGUUCCGUCCCUCAUUUACUUGAACAAACUAGACAAAAUGGGAGUCAGUGUGGAACUUUGUUUGGAGUCAAUAAGACAAAGACUGCACAUUGAACCAUUUCUAAUCAACUUUCCCUAUGGACCUGAUUUACAGAAAUUUCAAGGAUUAGUAGACAUUGUUGAAAUGGCUAAAUACGAAUGGGACUUAGCAAAAUCUCCUGAUGGAAGAAAAUUCUCUGUUCAUCCACUAACAGAGAAGAGUGAUGGUAAAAUUUGGGAGUAUGCAAUGAAAGAAAGGUCUAAUUUGAUUGGUCAGCUAAGUAACACUGAUGAGAAAAUAGCAGAUGAAGUUCUAUUGGUAGACAGUAUAGAUAAGAUCAAAACUGAAUUUGUGAGAAAAGCUCUAAGAAAUGCAACAAUGAAAAGACAAUUAACUCCUGUUCUAUGUGGAUCCUCCUUAAAGAAUAAAGGAGUCCAGCCUCUGAUGAAUGCUAUCUACGACUAUCUACCCAGUCCGAGUGAUCGGGAAUUUCCAUUUCUUGAGUAUUAUGGAUCAGAUCUUUGUGCAUACGCUUUUAAAACUAUUCAUGACCAGCAAAAAAAUCCUCAGACCUUCUUUAGGAUUUACUCAGGAAUUAUGCAUUCAGGGAGUGACAUUCAGAACCUUAAUAGGCAUUGUAAAGAGAAAGUGAAAACAUUGUCUAGAAUAUUGGCCAACGAUUAUCACAGAAUAACAGCAGCUCAUCAGGGAGACAUUGUUUGUGUGUCUGGACUUACUGAGACCAGAACCGGAGACACUGUUACCUCCAAAGAAAGGUUGGCCCGAAUCAGACCCAUGCUGAGGCAGUAUGAGCACAGGCAUCAUGAGGAGGAGGAUUCUUCACACGACCCUGAGAGUCAUGAUGACCUUGACCAUGACGUGGUGCUAGCCGGUCUACAGGUGCCCUCACCUGUUUACUUUUGUUCUGUGGAACCUCCUUCAAUGGCUAGCCAGAAAGACCUUGACCUUGCCUUAGAAUGUCUUCAGAGAGAGGACCCUAGUCUCAAGGUGGAGGUGAACCAAGAGACGGGCCAGACCAUCCUGUCUGGGAUGGGAGAGUUGCAUCUGGAGGUCAUCAAACACCGCAUACUGUCAGAGUUCAAGGUCGAUGCCUACAUGGGUCCCCUGCAAAUCGCAUACAGAGAGACCAUUGAGGACAAAGUCACCCACACAGAGACCCUAGAGAGUACGGUCGGGGGAAGUAAACACCACGCAGGCAUCACCCUGACGGUCAGUCCCAGUACAGACACAAACAGGAAGAGGAACGUGUUGUUUAAACCGCUGGAAGAAAAGUCGUUUAUGAUGACGCCAAAGUUCAGGAAGAUGUACAAGUCUGCUAUUGAAAAUGCUGCAAAAACCUCUCUCUCUUAUGGUCCAAUAUUGAAUUUCCCAGUGAUAAAUGUGGAUGUCAUUAUCCACAAUGCGGAUUUGUCUUUUGAUGCCUCUCCCAACGUGGUCGCAGCGGCUGUUUCCAAAUGUAUCUACUCAGCAUUAAAGAGAGCCACGCUCCACCUACUGGAACCAGUAAUGAAUCUAGAAAUUACAGCAAAUCAGGACUUUUCUUCGACCGUUCUCCACGAUUUGUCCACCAGACGGGCCAAGAUAGAACGUGUGACCCAGAAGGAUGACAUGAAGGUCAUUCAGGCCACGGUUCCUCUGUCCGAACUGAGGCACUACUCCAACACCCUCCGGAAGAUCACCCACGGACAAACCUCCCUCAGCAUGGAGUUUUCUCAUUACGAGGAGAUGUCAGAGGCAGAGAAGAACAAGGCCAUUGAGGAGGUCACUGGGUUCCCAGUCAGCCCCGAGUUGUUUGACAGCAAGGAGUAGCGGGGGAGGGGCUAGCCUAAUGGUGUGAUGUCUAGUGCUGUUUUAACUUUAAUUUACUCUUGAAGGCUUUAAGCGUUUUUCUGUGGUGCAUUUUAUAGGAUUUUAGAAAUUGAAAAAUCUGACAGCAGUAUUUAUUAAAUAAAUACUAUAUAUUAGUAAAUUUAGUUUAUAAAUCUGAAUACCAGUACGUUUGUAUAUACAUGUAUAAAUAAAUGUAGAACAAAUAUAAAAUUUUCAAUUUAUUUUCACAAGUAAAUAUUAAAUUCAUGAAUGAUACUAGUUAUUAUUUCCUACAAAAAUAUGAUAUACGAAAAAAUGUCCUGCUCAGUUGUACAAUUUAUUGCAAUUAUAUAUAAAAAGAAAAAAUACCGUACAUCUCAUUUCUUUAGUCUGAGAUAACAAAUAUAGUAAGCUAAGAUAGUUGUACAAAGAAAAAAAGAAUAUUACACAAUUGAAUUGCUGUCACUGGUUUCACCCAGCAUAUGAAGUUUGAUCAAUAAUGUGAAGUAUUUUUUUGGAAAUAAAAGUAAAUUCAAAAAGA